AUGCUUAGAUUGUGUGCCAUGAGUCAGGGGAUCAGACUUUGGCUCCUUGAAAGGCUUCAGGGUGACUGCCAUGGUCUGAUUCAUGCUUUAGUCAUUGAGAGAGGACACCAUGACUCCUCCGGCUACAACCACAGCCAACCACUCUGCUAUUACAACCGCAGACACCAUGACUCCUCCGGCUACAACCACAGCCACAGCCACCUCUGCUUCUACAACCACCGACACAACGACACCUGCGCCACAACCACCUCUGCUACUAUAACCGUCGACACGACGACUCCUGCGGCUACAACCACAGCCACAACCAUCUCUGGCAGUACAACCGCCGACACUUCGACUCCUGUGGCUACAACCACAGCCACAACCACCUCUGCUUCUACAGCCGCCGACACGACAAUCCAAGAGGCUACAACCGCAGCCACAACCACCUCUGCUACUACAACCGCCGACACCACUACUCCUCCGGCUACAACCACAGCCACCUUUGGUACUUCAACCGCCGACACGGCGACACCUUUGGUUACAACCACGUCUCCUACUACAACCUCCGACAUUACGAAUCCUGCUGCUACAACCACAGUCAUAACCACCUCUGCUUCUACAGCCGCCGACACGACAACCCAAGAGGCUACAACCACAGCCACAACCACUUCUGCUACAACCACCGCUGACACAACUCCUUGGGCUACAGCCACAACCACAACCGCCUCUGCUCCCAACACCACUGACAAAACUACAAGUGAAACUACGACCGCUGACACCGCCGAUGGCGCUGCGACCACUGCCACCAUCCCUCCUGUCACCACGGCCACUGCAACCACCGCAGCUGCCACAUCCGCUGGCACAACCGCUGUCAGCCAUGCCAGUGCUCCCACUGCCACCGCCGGUGUCACGCCCUCUGACCCUGCCAGCGGAGCCACCGGAAGCGACGCCGCCACCCCCAGCGCCCCCGUGGGCACGGCGCUGCCCCCGCACCUCCCCUCCUGCGGCUGCGGCUGCGGGACCAACGUCAAGUCGACCACCGUCAUCAGAUGCAAAAAGGGCGCCAAAGGUUUCGCUUGUCGCUUCCCAUCGUUUGUCGUUCAUCUGUCGGAGGUCCUUCCGAUGGGCGUGAUGACCAAAGUCAAUGGCUGA